AUGGCGCUUUUCUGGAGGGCCCUGCUGCUGGCAGGCUCCUGCGUGUCUGCAGUCCAGGGCUGGCCGGCGGAGGACAGCGAGGAGGACGUGGACAUCCUGCCCCAGCCCCUGCACAUCGCACAGGAAGGCCACCUGAUGGUGCUGACACCUGCAGGUCUGACCCAGAUGCUCAACCAGACCCGCUUCCUCCUGGUGCUGUUUUAUGACCCGUCCUUAAAGCGAUCCAGGAGCCUCGCCGAGGAGCUGGGCAAAGCCGUGGAGAUCGUGGGCAAGGGCAAGAACGGGGUUGGCUUUGGCAAAGUAGACAUCACGGUGGAGAAGGAACUUCGCCAGGAGUUUGAUGUUCAGAAGCCCCCGGAGUUGAAGCUGUUUUUUGAAGGCAACAGGUUGGCGCCCAUCAGCUGCAAAGGAGUGGUUGAGUCUGCUGCCCUGGUCGUUUGGUUGAGAAGACAAAUUAGCGAGAAAGCGUUUUUGUUCACUGACAUCCACCAGGUGACAGAGUUUGUGAAAGCCAGGCCCUUGGUGAUCAUUGGCUUCUUCCAGGAUUUAGAAGAAGAAGUAGCAGAGUUGUUCUAUGAUGUGAUCAAAGACUUCCCAGAGCUGACGUUUGGAGUGAUGUCGAUUAAUAAUGCUGUCGGGCGUUUUCGUGUCACCCUUGACAGUGUUCUGGUGUUCAAAAAGGGGAGAAUUGAGAGCCGCCAGGAGCUUAUUAAUGACAGCACCAACAAGCUUGUCCUCAAUCAAGUCAUACGACAGCACCUCACAGGCUUCGUCAUUGAGUACAACUCUGAGAGUAAGGAUCUGAUUUAUGAACUGCACAUCCGGAAUCACAUGCUGCUUUUUGCCUCCAAAAGCUGCAAGUCAUUCGGUACGAUAAUGCAGCAUUACAAGCUGGCCUUGAAGGAGUUCCAAAACAAGAUCCUCUUCAUCCUGGUGGAUGCAGACGAACCCAGAAACAGACGUAUCUUUGAAUACUUCCGGAUCACAGAGGUCAAUGUCCCAUCCGUCCAAAUCCUGAACUUAAGCUCUGAUGCGAGGUACAAAAUGCCUUUCGGGAGCAUAACCUUCCAAAACCUCAAGAAAUUUGGCCGCAGCUACCUGCGUAGAAGCGCCAAGGAACAUCAUCCCAGUGAGGAGGUCCCGCCGCACUGGGACCAGGGGCCGGUGAAGCAGCUCGUCGGGAAGAACUUCCACCCCGUGGCCUUCGACAAGGAAAGGGACGUCUUUGUGAUGUUCUACGCGCCUUGGUGCAACCAGAGCAGAGGGCUGUUCCCCGUGUUGGAGGAGUUGGGCAUGAAGUACCGAAACCACUCCACAGUCACCGUCGCCAUGAUCGACGUCACCGCAAACGACAUUCAGCUGGUGCACCUGGACCGGCACCCCUUCUUCAGGCUCUUCCCCGCCAACUCGCAGCAAGCGGUACUGUACACGGGAGAACACACCGUGAAGGGCUUUUCUGACUUCCUGGAAAGUCAGAUCCAGGCCAGGACUGAGGAGGGAGAUGAGCUGACGUCUGUUGAACAAAGUGAAGUGACAGAAGAGGAGGUACUAGCUAAGGAAGAGUUUCCUGAACAGCAGUUGCCUGAGCUGGAGAAUGUGACCAAGUUGGAAGAGCCAGUUGGGCAGAAGGAAACAACUGAGGAAUUGGGGGNNNAGGUGGCUAAGCCAAAGGAACCACCAAGACCAGAGCAGAAGCCAGGAGUGAAGGAAGAGCUGUAG